AAGUGUUUAUUUUUUUAAUCAACAUACGAUUGACCUAAUACAACAAACACAACUUGUAAACACUAACAUUUGUUGAAAAGAAGAGCUUUGCACUUGUGAAUAGGGGAAAUAAUGCCUAAAUGAAAUAUUUAGAAAUGUAGUUGUGAAAAACACGGUUGAUGGGGGCAGUCUAUUACUUUGUUUUUCAAAUAGAUUAUUUUCUUCUACACGAGUGCUCAUCAUAUAGCAGUUUUUCCUUUCUAAUGUUUGCGUAUGCUUUUAUUUUGAAGUCAACACAUGCAUUUCCUACCGUAAUCUACAGUAUUGUUGCGCACCGUGAAACCAGUGGGCUGUGUGACUGCAGUGUUUGUUCUCACAGCUGAGCACUCCCGUUGCUGCUAAACUAGCCGCUGACUGGUUGUUUCGGUCCACUUUCUCCACAGUAACUGUGACAGAUGCGUUAGACAGGUUCACCGUAGCGGCUGCUCAUCUAAUACAGGCUGACACUUAGCUCUUGGUGGCUAGUCCGCUAGCCGGUCAGCUAGCCAACUCAGCUGUAUCACCAAACACAAAACCACAAACACAACUUCAUCGAUAAAUCAUAGUGGCCGCAACGACUUAUGGUUAUUUUCGAAGCUUCUUGACUCCCAUGCGAACUUUGUCGGCUUAUUUUCCACUCGUCUGCAGAAUCUGUAGAAGCUGGCGGCGAUGCUACCCUCCACCACCGCACGCCUACUCGGAAGAGGGAAAACGUUACUCCCUGAUCCGUUUAGGAGGAUUUGCAUAAACAUGUCGUCCUCUUCAGCAUCGGGUAAGAGACUGCGGGUCCUGGUUGACAUGGACGGUGUCCUGGCGGACUUCGAGGGGGGGUUCCUGAAGAAGUACCGGGCCAGGUACCCAGACGAGCCCUUCGUCAGCCUGGAUGACAGGAGAGGCUUCUGGGUGUCGAUGCAGUACGGCCAGCUGAGGAGCGACCUGUGUGAGAAAGCGAUCAGUAUCUGGGAGUCCAAAGGCUUCUUCAUGGACCUGGAGCCUCUGCCUGGAGGAGUGGAGGCGGUCAAAGAAAUGGCCAAGAUGGAUGACACAGAUGUCUUUAUUUGCACCAGCCCUAUUAAGCAUUACAAACACUGCCCGUAUGAGAAGUAUGCUUGGGUGGAGAAGCAUUUGGGCCAUGACUUUUUGGAGCAGGUCAUUCUGACCAGAGAUAAAACGUUAAUCGCCGGUGACAUCCUCAUAGACGACAAGCCUGACAUCCAAGGUGUGGUGCCCAAACCAGACUGGGAACACAUCCUGUUCACCGCCUGCCACAACAAGCAUUUGUCCAUAAGCUCCUCCCAGAGACGUCUCCUGUCCUGGAUGGACGACUGGCGGGCCGUCCUGGACAGCAAAAGGCAGAGAGGAGCGCCAUGUCUCGCUUAGCAGAAAGCCCCGGGAUUGUUCCGCCUCUGGGAUGUGGAUGGAUCCGCUGAGCAGGACGAACUCAUGUCUUACAGCUGUUGAAAGAGAACAGUUCUCCUCACCACCAGAGGGCAGUGUGGCAUGCUGAGUUUUCCAAAAGGGCAUUGGCUGCUGAAAGCUUCUAAAUGAGCACAUUGGUGUUUGAAAAUGUUUUAGAGCUGUCGGAGUGUUUUUGUUAGAUUUUUUCAUCACAAAAAGCCCCUUUCAUAAACAUGUCAGUGUACUGUGAUUCAACAUCAGACCUCUCCACCUCAUGAUGAUAACAAAAAUAACCUCACAUAAUGGUAGGCGCUUGCACAAACACCAAUGUGACUGAUUCUUAGCUGUUUUCUCUGGUUAUAAAAUACCACUGCAACAUUUCUGUACAUCUGCAGGACGGUCUGUUCUGAUCUUACAAGUUUAAAACCACUAAUAUGGUGCUUUUAACACUUUUCCAUCAGCAUUUUACAAUGAUCCAUGCAUCUUAUUUAACACGCUGAGAUAAAGAUUCUAGCACUUGCCAAAAAAACUCAUUUAGAAUAAUUAAUUACUAAUAAAUUUGUUUAUUUUUGUUUUAACUUAGAAGUUUCUCUAUUGUAAGACAUCAGAAAAUGUGUAAAUAAAGUACUGUAAUCUAUUACAUUUGUAUGGUCUGGUGAAAUGUACUGUGUUUCUACUUUUGUUCUGUGGCCUGUUUACACACACACACGCACGCACACACACACACACACACACACACACACACACACACACACACACACACACACACACACACACACACACACACACACACACACACACACACACACACACACACACCACAACAGGGUUAAAAUCCGAACCUGCUCUUAUUUUGGCCCACUUACAUUUUGUUUCUGUGUUAAAAUGUCACCUUUGGAUGCCCUGCAGGACUGAUGAGCUAACGGGUAGUUUGAGUCUAGCCAAACUAAAAUGGUUUGUUGCUGAUUUAGCAUUUGGGAACAAAUGAUCUGUUUUAGAAGACGUUACCAGAGUUUAAUGUGUUCUUUUCUGGCCCUAGUUUAAACUUAAUUUCUGUCUUUUGGUGCUGUGUUACCUCCAACACAUUAAAAAAGUAAAAGACUGUAAAUGUUUUCUUUUUUCUUUGUGUGUGUCGUUUGUAUGUUUUUCUAAUAAGUUCCUUGAAGGGCCAAAGCUGUCUGUACCUCCUUAGGAGGCUGAGGUCCUUUGGAGCUGCAAAAUGCUGCAGCUAGAGUUCUGAUGAGAAUUAAAAAGAGAGAUCAUAUCUCUCCUGUCUUAGCUUCCCUACAUUGGCUACCUGUUAAAUUCAGAAUAGAUUUUAAGAUCCUUCUUCUCACAUACAAAGUUCUUAAUAAUCAAGCUCCAUCAUACAUCAGAGAUCUGAUUGUUCCAUAUGUUCCUAACCGAGCUCUUCGCUCCCAGACUGCAGGUUUACUGGUGGUUCCCAGAAUAUCUAAAAAUAGGAUGGGAGGCAGAUCUUUUAGUUAUCAGGCUCCUCUCCUGUGGAACCAGCUCCCAGCUUUAGUCUGUGAGGCAGACACUUUGUCUACUUUUAAGAAUUGGCUUAAAACAUUUUUAUUUGAUUGGGUCUAUGGUUAAAAUCUGAUGUUAGCCUAAAUCUGGACAAGUGGGGGAGUAGAGGGAGGUGGAGUGUACAGUCGGUAAAGACGGCUCUCCCUUGCCCUGCCUCCAACAUGCCUCCAUCUAAAAAGGCUAGGUUAUCCAGAGUUAUCUCUGUAGUUAUGCUGCUAUAGGCUUAGACUGCUGGAGGAUACACUGACCACUUUUCACACUACUACUUUCUUCUACAAUCUGCUCUUUAACUGUAUUAUUUUCUGCAAUUUCAGCUGUUAACUUCAUUUUUUCUCUAAGUGUUUUUCUCCCCAGAAGAAGCUACAAUGAUGUUCUGCUGAGCUGUGGUGGCCUCAUGGAGGGGGCCAUCGUCUAGCACACCUCUGCUAACCUCUUAAACAUUCUCCCUCUCCUUAUAAUAACAUUUUACUUUCUUUGAUGUUGAAUGUGCUACUACUAGUUUAUCCGUUUAAUUAUAGAUCCACUAGGAUAAAUACAAUAAAGUUUAUCUUUCACCAAAUACAAUAUUUACUAAGAAAUCACAAUGUAGCCAUAGAAACACUACUUGGUGUGUGUGUGUGUGUGUGUGUGUGUGUGUGUGUGUGUGUGUGUGUGUGUGUGUGUGUGUAUGUGUGUGUCUGCUCUGUUUUCUCCAUCCCCAGUGAGUCGUGGUGGAUGGCUGAGCCAGGAUCCUCUGGAGGUUUCUUCCUGUUAAAAGGGAGUUUUCCUCUCCACUGUCGCUGCAUGCUUGCUUAAUGAGGAUUGCUGUAAAGUCAGUGACUUGAUGCAACCUGCUGGGUUCCUUAUAUAGGAAACUUUUUACUGAUUGGCUUAAUGAACUGACCUUAAUUGGAAUGUUUAUUGUGUGAAGUUCCUUGAGACGACUCUUGUCGUGAUUUGGCGCUAUAUAAAUAAAAUUGAAUUGAAGUUAAUUCUCAGCUUUUAAAAUCCUUUAGUCACUCUGUUGUUGGCUCUGUUAUCCACUCUGCUGCGGUCUGUUGGGGUGCUGACAGCUCUGACCAAGACAGUAAGAGACUAAACAAGCUAGUUCUCAAAGCUAACUUGGUUCUGAGCUGCCCACUGGAUACAGUUGAGGAGGUGUGUGAAAGGAGGAUGCUGAGGAAGAUGACCACCAUCUUGAAAAUCCCUACCAUCCACUGCAUUCUACUGUGGAGACCAUGGACAGUUCCUUCAAAGGCAAACUGAGACAUCCCAGACACCUGCUGCACCCGAACAUACAUUCCUGCUGAUCCAUAUAAACCUGAACUGGUCACCUGCUAGUUCGUCCCUAAUCAGAUGUCUAAGAAGAUUGUGAACAGGUUAUAGUCAAGAGGUUCUAGAGUUUGUCAUGAUUGUUUUUAUUAUGUUCUAGGCUGAAUCCACGCUCAGCUCCUGCACUGGUGACUAGAUUCGAACCAGGUGGUGGACCAGCGCUGCUUCAGUAAAACUUUUGAAAUCAAAUGAAAUAAACAGAUUUUGGCAUAAAAGGGGUUCCACUUUCCAGAUCUGGAAGUGCUACAUCGCUCUCUCAUGGACUGCUCUGUCAAAGACGUGCUUCGAGCACUUCUUCAGUGUGAGAAAAUGCUCAGAUGCUUUGAUGGGUUUUUUUUCUUGAUGGAUUAUUUCAUCUCUGCAAUCUUCACUGUGCGUGACGUUUAAAACAUCUGUGCACUUGCACAAGUCAUUAUUAAAUUACUCACAGGCAAAUAAAUAAAUCACUCUUGUAAAAACAAAGGCAAAGCCUACUGUUCAUAAUGAAUAAAUGUCACUGGUAGCUUGCUAACUUCUGCACACGUACGAUAUAUGCACAUUGUUUAACCAUAGUCUGUUAUCUCCCUUUUAAUCUUUCCUGUUUAUAGCUCAAACGAUUAAUUCAUUAAUGUUAAUGUUUAUUAGUUACUGGAGGCCACUGUUUAGCAUAAUCAGUCUAGGUAUUCAUCAUGCUGUCACAAGGUGUUGGUUUACAAUGACAGCAGAAUGAAUGAAUAUAUCAUUGACGAGUUUCACUGCAGCGAUGAAGGUGCCACAAGAUGGUGACAAAUCGCUCAUCGAAUCGGUUUAUAUGUUGCGUGAUUGCGUGUGUUUCUUUUUUAUCAUCCUUUUGAUCUCUUUAUGGUCAUGGACAGCUAGAGCCCAUUCUGAAUGCAUCCCGGACAGGACCCCAAUCCAGAGAAAGGGGUUUUCCCACAGUCAAAAAUGUUAAACUUGCCAAAUUGUAAAAGGAACUGCUGUUGUGCUUUGAAGUCCUAAAUUUUUAAACUUGUGUAAUGUCACACUACACAUUUCACACCUGUCAUGAGCAUGUCUCAAGUAAAGGUUUUCGUAAAAUUCAUUAAUCAACUAUGAAUGCAAAUUUCUUUACAUUAUGUGCUCAUUUUAGAUGAUUAUUUUCUAAUAGGACUAACAAGCAUAUUGUCUACAUCAGUGUUUCCCAACCCUGGUCCUCAGGGCACACUGGCCUGCAUGUUUUCCAUGUGUUUGCUUCAGCACACCUGAUUUACAUUGCCUCUUCAGGCGGUCAUCAAGUGCUGCAGAUGCUUGUGAAUGAUUCAUUCAUUUAAGUCAGGUGCAUGGCAGUAGGGAAACACUGGUGUUUAAAAGGGCAACAUAGAUAACACGUUGGACAGUGUGCCUUGAGGACCAGGGUUGGGAAACGCUGGGCUACAUUGUUGGUCAAACUCCACGUCACAUUUUUAUUUCAGUGAUCUUAAAAAAAUUUCAAUCCCACAAAAUUCAUUCAAACCAUUUGUAGCUUGUCUAAUUGGCCAUGAGGCUUUUAUGAACCUGAUGAGUAUAAAACCUAAACACACACAAUGUAGUUUUACAGAAAAAAUUUAAGGUAAACAGAGUUAAUCGCUGCGGUAAGAAAACACAAAAUCUGAUGUACAUGAAUGUGACUUUACAACCACCCCCACACACACCUCUAUAUUUAGCAGCAUGACAGCUCCCAAAAAUACAACUAACUGGACAAAACUCACCUGCAUCAAACAACUGGAUCCUAUGAAAAUUAUAAAUCAAAGCCAGACAAACUUCAGCGCUGUAGGUGUGCAGGUAUUCACCUGUACAUUGUAGCAGUACUUUAAAAAUUUACUUGUCACUAUCCCAGGACUUUUUAAACUUUAAAAUAGCCUUAUCAUUCUCAAGGAUGGCAGGUAGGAUGACAUGAUGGGAAGACAAGGCAAGGAUCUGACCCAGACCAGCACAAACAAAGGGUUUAAAUUAGUGGUGGGCAUAGAUUAAUUUUUUUAAUCUAGAUUAAUCUCACUGUAAUCUUGGAAUUAAUCUAGAUUAAUCUAGAUUAAAAUGGCUCAUUCAAAUUCUGCCAAAGGCAUAUGUGUGUGCUACCUAGAUAAUGAAUAAAAGCAAGUCUUUGAGAA